AUGGUCCUGUUCAGAAAUUAUUAUAAUUUUGAUUCUAUAUUUUAUGCAACUUUAACCAUUUUAUUGGUUGUUCCAAAUACGGAUGCUCUGAUUUGUUACCAAUGCAAUGGUUGUACAAAUCCUUUCAAUGCUAAUGCACCGGGAGUUACACAAGUAACUGCUGAACGAGGCGAAGUUUGCGGGAAAUUAAUGAUUGGUCCUAUUAUAAUUAAAGGCCUGCGUACGAUUUGUGCGGGUGGCCUAAAUCACUGCGAGCUUGGUCCAGUACCUGGUACUGGAGGUUCAGGGGGAGUAUGCUGCUGUAAUGACAAAGACUUAUGUAAUGGUUUAUCAUUUAUUCGACCGUGUUCGAUAUUAACCGUCGCUAUUGCAGUGGUAGCACCUUUCUUUGUAUCUUAA